UAUGACGGGACUUGCAUGACCUCAGCUCGAUCUUUAGGCGGGCAUCUUGCGGCGCCCAAUCUUCAAAUCUAUCAAGCUGUCAAAGUAAAUCACGCUGGAGUUUUCUCCAUAAAUAGAUUAUCCUAUUUUCAUCAAACAACUUUUGAGUCUCGAGAAACUGUGUGCCCUAGAGCCUCGAUUCUCUCAGGUUCAGGUCGUUCCUUCCAACUGAGCCGCUUUCAUUAGCAGACUGUGCCUCCCAUGCUAUUUUAGCACUUCAUCUGCCCUGAACUGUGUCUUUGAACUUUCUCCUCCGAUGCGUCAUAGUUCUCUCUUGAGACAAAUUUGAGACACCGAGGGGAGAAUGGCGACGACACAGACGAAGGUCGCGAUCGCGUCCUCCACCGCGUUGAGACUGUUCAGUUACUUCUUUCUACGAUGGAUCCUCCUCCCAUGGUUCGCCGCAACCGUUUUUACUUCCUUCGCCAUUUUCGUGCCUUCUUUCAUCUGGGGCUGCUUUAACGAGCCGAAAAAGGAGCUAGUUGACGAAGUAGACGUGUUUCUCACCGAAACCUCCGUGGAACAAGACGGCCCAGGGAAUGGGAAGUUAGCUCACCCGAACGGCGUCGGCAACAAAGACGUCGUUGCGCAGAAAGUCGAUAUCGUAGAAGCCAUAUCAGUGCAAAACCGACCGCUGAAUCGUCUGCGAACUCUACUGGCGGGAGCUCCAAACCCGCGUAGCUUGUUGCUCUCGGGUUCUACACUUCUCAUCAAUGCGCUGUGUGUUGGCCUUGUUGCUGAUCGGAUCUUCCGCGAACAUGGCUACACUGGCGAUGAUCUCUCGUUUGUCAAGCUGGGAUAUGUUUCGGAGAACGAAGCAAAGCUGUUGGUGCGGGAACCCGACCAGUCAAAGAUGCCUGUUACGUUGCAAAUUCACCUCAAAGACCCUCACCCGCCUUUCGACAAUCCGUUGUGGCAGGAAGCCGGCGGGGUCCGGUGGACGACAAAUGAGACCGACUAUACAGCUCUCCUCACAGUUCCCCUGCGACAUUCGAAGCCACGGACUUAUGAGUGGAGAACCUCGAAUAACCACUCGGGCGAGUUCACAACUCCUCCUUCGGUCGGCGAUGCUGCCGAGAUUGGCAAGGGCCCCUUUACGUUCCUUUCGACCUCCUGCAUCGUGAGCCGGUUGCCUUAUAGCCCGUUCGACCAUCCCCUUGCCAUCCCGGGUUUAAGGCAUCUGGUCAAAGUUCUCCCGUCUUUAAAUGCCCAAUUCAUGCUCUUCCUCGGCGACUUCAUUUACGUCGAUGUGCCUCGCUGGUGGGGCAAGGAAGUCUCGGAUUAUCGCCAGAAAUAUCGACAGGUCUAUGCCUCACCGGACUGGCAAGCCGUUGCGCAGAACCUCAGCUGGAUUCAUGUUUUGGACGACCACGAGAUUGCGAACGAUUGGGACGCCAAUUCUACGGGCAUCUAUGCGAGCGCGGUCGACCCGUGGCAUCUCUACCACGCUACACCAAACCCGCCACCAGCCAAAAAGGCAGGUGCCCUCAGUCCUCGGCUACGAGCAACGUACUUUAAGUUCACUCAGGGCCCGGCCAGCUUCUUUCUGCUCGACACGCGCUCGUACCGCUCCAGCAACAGUCUCCCUGCCACGGACCUCGAGAAGACCAUGCUAGGUCCGGAGCAGUUGGAGGACUUCAUCGACUUUCUCAACCGGCCCGAGCCAAAGGGGGUCAAAUGGAAGAUUGUAGCCUCCUCGGUCCCUUUCACUAAGAAUUGGCAUUUUAAUACUAGGGAUACGUGGGGCGGCUUUCUAACCGAAAGGAGGCGGAUUCUCAAGGCCAUGUGGGAUGUCGGAAACAGAGGAAUUGGAGUUGUAAUUCUAUCUGGAGACCGGCAUGAGUUUGCAGCGACUAAAUUCCCUCCCCCAGCGGACUCCAAAUGGCCUGAAACCUCGGCUGUGUACGAGUUCUCGGCCAGCCCGCUGAGCCAGUUCUACUCUCCCGUCCCGUCAUAUCGCCAGACCGACAACGAGGAUAUCGCGAUCAAGUACAUUCACAAGGGGAACUCCAAGUUCGGAGCCAUAACCAUCGAAAACCUCAAGCAGGAUAGCCAGAGCAGCCUUAAAUAUCGAUUGUUUGUCGAUGGUGUCGAGGUUUGGAACACGGUGGUUUUGUCUCCUCCGCCUAUUUCGGAGGGCAAGUUUACCGGUUCAUUCUGGGACAGACUGAAGCUCGCCUAAGAGGGCAGGGCUUGUAUAAUAGUACUUGAGCUUCGCAUUAGGCAAGCUUUGGCAGGAAAACACCGAGAUGGGGCGUUUGCCAGGUUGGACCUGGCCGGCAGGUGAUUUGGGGGGUUAGGUAAAUAGGGACAGCGGCGCCUUGAAGGUAGAGGAUACAGGGGAAAUACACUACGAUGAUUUGCUGUGUCGAACCCCUUUUAUGAAGACACAAUGGACCCUAACCCUAGUGAGCAUCGAUUAGCAC